AUGGUAGAUGAAAUGGCUGAAGAACUACUUGAUUCUAGGGUGGAUAAAGACCAAUUCCAAAAAAUUGUUGGAUAUUGGUGUUCUAAGAAAGCAAAGGAAAUUAGUAUUAUAAACCAAGAAAAUCGCUUGAAAUUGGAGGAGCCUCAUUGCACAGGAACAAAGUCAUUUGCUAGGAUCAUGGAUGAAAAGAGGUUAUUCAUGUCUGAAGAGACAACUACUACAAUGAGAUGGCAUGCAAUAUAUUGUCCUAAUGAUGGAAAUUUGAGCCAUCCAACUAAUGCCAAAGCUUGGAAAGAUUUUGUUGAUUUGCAUCCUGAGUUUGCUCAAGACCCUGGUAAUGUGAGAAAUGUUGUAUUUCGUUUCAUUCCCGUUCUUCAUUUCCUUCUUUUAGAAUCCAUGGGGGACUUGUCAUAUUUUGAAUUUUUCUGUGGUUUGCUCAGGUUACAAUUCUUUCAUACUCUCUUCUCUUUACCACGCGAUAGGUCAACGAAGCGUGAGCGGGCGGGCGUUGUCAAACGCCAAAAACUUCGGCCUAACGGGAAUGAACAAUGAUGAAAUGACAAGAUGAGGUGCCUCAGGCACCCCCAUAUAGAAAGAAGGGUCAAAGAUUUUGGGCCUGUAGCUUUCCCCGUCCCCCCUUCGUCGAGUGGUGCUUGUUUGUGGGGUGUGCCACAAGAAAUCGGGCUUGAAGCUCUCGCCUUACCAAUGAGCCGACUGCUGAUGGCUAUUGGUCAUGACUACUACAAUAAAGUGAAGAUUGAUCUUCCUAUUUCACAUGGAGGAGUGGUACAUAUUUAUGUUGGGUGUUCUUCUAUCGUGCGACCUGUGGCCCACGCCUCCUAUUUGUUCCGGGCGGGUGGCGUGAACUCUAAUUCGAUCUGGGUAUUCAAUCCCACCGUUGAGAUGCUCAGUUGA